AUGUCGGAUUCCAAUGAUGCAGUCUCCCAACCCCCUGUUGCUAACAGAGUCCUACAAGAGCUCGGCCUUUUGUCUCUGUACAAUUCCACCCGCGACAUCAAGAUCCUUUGCGUACAAAGAUUUAUUCGCCUCUUCGCCUAUGGCUCAUCUACUCUCGUUCUCGUCGCAUUCUUGCGGGAACUCGGUGUUUCCACUACCCGUGUUGGGUUAUUCAUGACUCUGACAUUGGCUGGCGACAUCAUCAUUAGCUUUAUACUUGCCCUGUUCGCUGAUGGCGUGGGCAGAAGAUUUGUUUUGGCUUUGGGCGCUGUCUUGAUGACUGCCAGUGGAAUUGUGUUUGCGACAUCUAGCAAUUACUGGAUCUUACUAGCUGCUGCUAUUCUGGGCGUUAUUAGUCCUGGUGGUAACGAGAUUGGCCCUUUCCGUGGUAUCGAAGAAAGUAUUGUGGCGCAUCUUACUGAUCCAGCCAAGCGAGGCGACGUCUAUGCGUGGUACAGUCUAUGUGGCACUGCUGGUGGUGCUUUUGGACUUUUGACUUGUGGUUGGCUUAUUCACCACAUGCGCGUCAACCUGGGCAUGGAUGUCGCCGAUGUCUACCGCAAUGUCUUUUACGGAUAUUCCACGAUCGGGGUGUUGAAGCUCGUAUCCGCUCUUGUCUUAAGUGCUGCAGUGGAGGCGCACGACGAACCAGCAUCGGAUACAGAUGCCAAUGAACAGGCACCUCUCCUCACUCAACCCAAUCAAGUUCAGGCACCAAUUCAAGCACCACCCAAGAAACAGCUGCGGGCUAAGAUAUCCCGAGAAAGCGUCCCGGUUGUCGUGAGCCUGUGUGCGCUCUUCGCUCUGGAUAGCUUUGCUUCAGGCCUUGCCCCUCUAUCAUGGAUAACAUUCUACUUCAAAUCGAAGUAUCAUAUUGAAGAGGGAAAGCUCGGGUCGAUAUUCUUCACUACCAGUAUCAUCGCUGCUGGCUCCGUACUGGUAGCGUCAUCUCUAGCCAAGCGAUUUGGCAAUGUCAAGACAAUGGUCUUUACCCACAUCCCCUCGUCCAUUUUCCUGGCUUUGAUUCCUAUCCCCGGCGAGGUUCACGUAUCAGUACUUUUCCUGGUUCUCCGGUCUUGUACACAGUCCAUGGACAUCGCACCGCGAUCUGCCUUUCUCGCCGCCAUUAUCCAGCCGAACGAAAGAACUGUUGUCAUUGGUCUCAUCAACGUAGCCAAGACCACUGCCCAGAGCUUGGGCCCGUUGAUAACUGGACUGCUGGCGGACUCUGAUUACUUUUGGGUGGCAUUCAUCAUGGCUGGAUCUUUGAAAGUAUGUUAUGAUCUGGGAUUCCUCGGCCUCUUUAAGCAUCGUGAGCACGCGGCAGCGGCGACACAAAGUUCUUAA